GUCAACAACUUCAGCUUCUUAUGGUUAAACGUAAAAAAUCCUCUGCUCCUUUAUCCUCUAAAUUAUCUCGCAAAAGAACUACGUUUGCUAUCCCACGUGCUACUGAAAAAGGAAAGCUCUUUACCUGUGGCUCAAAUGAUGCUAGCCAGUUAGGCAUGAGCGGUGAUGUUGAAGAACUCAACAAGUUGACCCUUGUAGAAUCCUUGAAGGAUAAAGAAUUUACAGAUGUUGUCUGUGGUGGCAUGCACUCCAUUGCAAUUGAUUCUGAAGGAGCUGUACUUUAUUCCUGGGGUUGCAAUGAUGAAGGCGCGCUUGGUCGACAAGGUGAAGAAAGUACUCCUGCUCCAGUCUCUUGCGGAGGUGCAACGAUUGUCAAGGUAGCCUGUGGUGACAAUGUUUCGAUGGGUCUAACUGAAGACGGACAAAUUUACUCUUGGGGAACUUACCGUGGCAACGAAGGCACAUUUGGAUUUAGUAUUGGUAUCAACAAACGAACGGCUCCUAUGCUCCAUCCUGCCUUGGGAACUGAAACGGUUAUUGACAUUGCUGCAGGUGCCAACCAUUCAUUAGCACUGACCAAUCGUGGUCGCGUCUAUGCAUGGGGCUAUGGUGCCCAAGGCCAGCUCGCACGCCGUAUUUCUCCUCGCUUUGAAAAAAAUUGGCUUCGUCAUGAUUCCAUUGGAUUGAAGAAGGUCAAGUUGAUUGGCGCUGGGUCUUAUCAUUCCUUAGCUGUCACUACUGACAACAAGCUCUAUGCAUGGGGGUUGAAUAACUACAAGCAGUGUUGUGAUGAUGAAAGGCAAUUUAUCUUUAAGCCUAUACUUGUGCCUUUGUCUGAAAACUUUGGUGAAAUUGUAUCUGUCCAAGGCGGUGAACAUCAUACACUCAUUCUUACUAAAAGUGGCGAAGUCUAUGCUUAUGGUCGAGGAGAUGCUUAUCAAUUGGGAUUGCAGCAAGAUGUACUCGAAAGUUUGAAGGUGACUUCAAGCGACUCUGCCUUUAGGUUUUAUGUCCCAACACCUACACUUGUCUCAAGUCUGGAGAAAAUUGUGUCUAUUUCAGUCGGUCCUGAAUAUGGGUUAGCCUGCUCCGAGGAUGGCCGAAGCUACUGUUGGGGCUAUAAUUCAGGUAAUGCUAUUGGCAAUGGUAGUGAUAGAGAUGAACCCACGCCUCGAUUACAAGUAUUUGAAGGUGUUGGCGAUAAACAAGUUCUCCGUUUGUCAGCUGGUGGUCAGCAUUCUCUUUGUCUUGCAAAAGAGUCCAGUUCCUAAAUUUAAAAUGUAAUAUAAUAAAUAAGCAUUGCAUGCUCAUUGUUUUAAUCUUGUCUUUUCUCCAAGUAUCCAUUAUCUCCUUUGUCUUCUGCUUUGAAGCUGGGCUUGACCUGAUUUCUAUUUAUGGAAGGACUUCCAAAA